AAACGGGGGUGGGGGACAUCUGCCUGUCCCGAGCAGGGCAAGGAUGCGGCCUGCUGGCAGCUGCCUCUUCCAGGGCGAAGGGGGGCGACCGGUCUUGCCGGGUGAGCUGCCUGCCCGAGAUCCCUUUUCUGCCCGGUACGGGGCCGCCGUUCCUUGUCGCAUUCCGAAGGGAAACGGCGCACGUGUGCAGAAAGGGCCCCCGCGGUUGGGGGGAACGAGCACGUGCGGCCCCCACGGGCAAGAGGCUGUCUUGCCUGCGCACGCGUGAGGAGGCCCGUCGGUGACAGAACAGAAGUGCGCAUGCGCCGGAGAAAGGCCGGGAAGAAGCGUCUGCGCAUGGGCGUGUCGAGGCGGCCUUCUGCUGAGGUGGGGGGGUGCUCCGGCGGCUGGGAGCGGCGCGCGCGCAUGCGCGUUAGGCGGGCUGGCGGCAGAGGGGCAUUACAAUGGAAGAUGAGGAGGUCGCCGAGAGUUGGGAGGAGGCGGCCGACAGCGGGGAAAUAGACCGGCGGCUGGAAAGGAAACUGAGAAUCAAGCAAAAGGAGAGCGGGAAAUCCAAAUCUCCCCCUAAAGUGCCGAUUGUCAUUCAGGAUGACAGCCUUCCCUCAGGUCCUCCUCCACAGAUCAGGAUCUUAAAGCGGCCCACGAGCAACGGGGAGUUCAGCAGUCCUCAUUCAGCCAACCGGCCAGCUUUCCAGGGGAAGUCACUGGCCCAAAGGGAGGCGGAGUAUGCAGAAGCCCGGAAACGAAUUCUAGGCAGCGCGAGUCCUGAAGAAGAGCAAGAGAAGCCUAUUCUCGACAGGCCCACGAGGAUCUCGCAGCCAGAAGAUGCCAGACAGCCCAGCAACGUGAUCCGGCAGCCGCUGGGGCCAGACGGUUCGCAAGGCUUCAAGCAGCGUAGAUAGGCAUGGGUGGCCAGCUCGGCGGCUCGAAAGUAGGGCUGUCCCCCAGCCCGGAUUGUGCUACUGCAGCAGCGGACAAAUGGACUGGAGCAGGGAGGCCCCCCUUCCGGGGUUCCUUGCACUGUGACCCCCUUUGCUCUGCCAACUGUGCCCUUCAACCCCCUGCACUGUGACCCCACUUCACCCACUGUGAUUGGUGCAUAGAAGAGGGCUGUCCCAAGGGAGCAGGGCAGGCUUCUCCACAGAGUGUGGGGCUGCACACAGUGCGGCUGGCCAAUGUUUGCAUCAACAAUAAGGACUGCAGCUUUGGCAGAGGGGCUCGGCUGGGAUUGGGAGCGAGAGGCGGGGGCUGCUUCUUUAACCAUGCAUGUUGGCCCAUGUUGCUUUUGGGACAAGUUCAGUUAACAUGGGGUGGGGGUGGGUGGGAGCUGUGCACAAGUUGUUGUUUGGUUUUGGAGAACUUAAUGGUAUUGAAGCCAAAAGUGCAUGAGAAGGCGUGGGGGAGGGGUGUUAGAAUUUUAACUAGUUUCUCUGAGAAGCGGCAGUUUGUAGAUUUCCAGGGAGAGAAAGCCUUUUUGUUGAGCUUGUGCCGGGGCUGAUGGGUGGGACUGGGCAUGCCUGGUCCUCAUCCAGGUCCCCUCUGCUGCUAACCAAGUGGGAUGUGGAGUGCACGGGAGCUGCGCCUUCACCCGAGGCACACCUGCCACUUGCCUGGAAAUAUCCGAGCUGGUAUCAGCCUGCUGGCCUUUGUGGCUGAGGGUGAAAUGGAACCGGUUGCAUUUAGGGAGGGGGAGGAUCAGCUGGUGCCCCCUUGCCUGCUUGCGCUUCUUCCAGGCACUGGGGUGGGGUCGGCUUGGUGCCACAGAGAUGGUGAGCUAGGAGCAGAUGGGUGAAGUCCCACGGGUGUUGGGCAAUGCUUGUGUUGGCCAGGCAGGUGGGAUGAGGCAGGCUGGACCUUGACCUUGUGGCUCCAAGGCGGUGGUCGCCUCCAGAAGUCACAGUAGGAUUCAGGAGAGAGCAGGAAGCCACGUUCCUUCUCAUGCAGAGAUGGAGCAGAGGGUCAGACCUGAUGCUUGCAGUCAGCCAGAUAGGAUUGUGAGAGAUCUGAGGGGCUCCAGGCAAUCUGAAAAACACCUGGUGGGAAUUGGUUGCUUUAACUUUUGUCUCACCUGGACAGCAGAAAUGGUGGAAUUUCCCUUUACUGCAUCAGGAAGACCAGCCUUUGGCCUUUUCCCCUGGCAGCUGGAGGCAGAUUUCCCUGGGAGGCUGGCAAACCUCUGCACGGUGCAAAGUCCCAUGGAGGCCUUUCCUUCGCCCCUCUAGGGGGCUGGGCUCUCAGCCUCCCCCAGCACCACCUUCACAUGACCCUGGGCCAGCUGACUUCACUGGGUUUGUGUGCCUGGUUUCAGAGGGCACCACAGGUGUACAAGCAUUCAGUUAAUGGCAGGCCCGUAACCUUCUCUUAGACUGAAAUGGAAAUGGAACUUUGCCUGAGUCGGGUCAUAUGGGGUGGGAGCAAGGGAGAGUCUCUUUGUACGUCUGUCUGAGACUUGUACAAAAAUAUUGCAAAGUAAAUAACUGGCUGAGGAAAAUCAACAAUAAUAAAACUACCUGUGUACAAAAAGUAACAACGUGAUUGCCCGUGGCUCUGUUUGACUUGAGGCCCUUUCUGGAUCUUUCAGCUGAGCCCUCUUGGCCAACGGCAGGACCCUUCGUUCAAAACCAGCAGCAGCUUCUGCAGCUGCUUCUUUUCUUCCUUGGAAUCGUGGGGGACGCUUUGGGGUGUUUGGGGGUUUGGACCCUCUUCCUCCAGCCUCAUUUCUGUCUUAUGCUUCUGGCUCUUUCGGAGGGACAGUAAUUCACUCCAGUUAGGGUGGCAAGGAGAAGAUAAGGCCAGAAAAUCCCCAGCGGAAGAAAAAGGGGGUAGUGUGCAGGGAAUAAUGGUGUGAGCAAUAAUGGUGUCAGUCACCAUGCCUUUCCUUAACUCUGCUUGGGUGGGCAGUGUCCUGUCCAGCUGCUCCUGCUGGCUACUCCCAGAAAAAGCGCACAGCCUGCUUGCUGCCACUGCAGAAGGCCGUUGAGAACGUUGCUCCUCCACCAGCAGAGCCAUACGGGAGGACCCUGCAGGCCUGCAGGCAGGCCGGCAGGGUCCAUCGAGCAGUCUGCCUUCCAGGACUCUUUGGAAUGGGUGCCCAGUCCAUUGUUUUGUUCAGCAAACAGUGUUGAAAUCAGUUCAGAGUCCACUUAGGGUUGGGGGGGAGGGGGCGUGUUCUUAGAGACACUUUAGGAUUUGUGUGUGUGUUUUCACAAGGCAAGGAAGUAGCCACAUCAGCAUAUGAUCAUUUUAAGUAUGCAGAGAAACAUUUUAUAAACUGUAUUUUAAAUAAAUGUGUUAACUUUUGAA